CACAAGCAGCAGCAGCAGGAGGAGGAGGAGGAGGAGGUUUUUGGCCUCUGAAUGGAUGAACUUCGGAUUGUCCUCUUCCGUUUCCAGCACUUCAACAGCCAGAGAAACCAACAACAACUAGUAGUAGUAAGCGAUCCGGGGCAGAGGACUGCAGGCAGGGGGAGGAGGGCACAGUCACACCUACACCCUGCCCGUGUGACAGAUGGGCACACUGGCUUUGCUGCAUCCUGGCAGAGGAGAGAUCAUGGGGCAUUGCCUUGUCUGCAGGUCAUACGUGUUGCAGCUCCCUAGGUCCCAGAUUGUGCCAGGGAGCUUCUACUCUGCCAGCUUUGGUGCCAGUAGAACUGCUGUGUGGUUGCCUGUUGGUGCCGGAUAAGGUGAAGACGCCAUGAAGAAGUUUUCUCGGAUGCCCAAAUCAGAGAGCGGCGGUGGAGGUGGUGGACCAAGCCUUGGUACUGGAUCAUCUGGAAAUUUUGUCACUGGAGGGGUGACCGUGGGCAGACAGUUCACCGUUGGGCGCCACCAAGUCACUGUGGAAGAGCUGGUGGCAGAAGGUGGCUUUUCAACUGUGUUUCUUGUUCGAACUCAUGGAGGACUACGUUGUGCUCUCAAGAGAAUGUAUGUUAACAAUGUGCCUGACCUCAACAUUUGCAAAAGAGAAAUAACUAUUAUGAAAGAGCUAUCUGGCCAUAAGAAUAUUGUUGGCUAUUUGGACUGUGCUAUUAACUCUGCUAGUGAUAAUGUUUGGGAGAUCCUUAUCCUUAUGGAGUAUUGCAGAGCUGGACAAGUUGUGAACCAAAUGAAUCAGAGGCUGCAGUCAGGGUUUUCUGAAGCGGAGAUCCUGAGGAUAUUUUGUGACUCCUGUGAAGCAGUGGCCAGACUUCAUCAGUGCAAAACUCCAAUAGUCCAUCGCGAUUUAAAGGUUGAGAACAUUUUGUUAAAUGACAAUGGGAAUUACGUACUGUGUGACUUCGGUAGUGCAACAAACCGAUUUCUCAACCCUCAAAAAGAUGGAGUAAACAUAGUAGAAGAGGAAAUUAAAAAAUAUACCACUCUUUCAUACAGAGCACCUGAAAUGAUCAACCUUUAUGGGGGAAAGCCAAUUACCACAAAGGCUGAUAUAUGGGCCUUGGGUUGCCUAUUAUACAAGCUUUGCUUUUUCACUGUUCCGUUUGGAGAAAGUCAAGUUGCUAUCUGUGAUGGGAGUUUCACCAUACCAGACAAUUCUCGAUAUGACCACAAGUUGCAUUGUUUAAUUAGGUACAUGCUUGAACCUAAUCAGGAACGAAGACCUGACAUCUAUCAAGUUUCCUAUUUUGCCUUCAAAUUAGCCAAAAGAGAAUGUCCAGUAUCCAAUGUAUAUAAUUCUACAAUUCCUCAAGCUCUUCCAGAACCACUGACCGCAAGUGAGGCUGCCUCUAAAAAGACUCAGAUAAAAACGAGAAUAACGGAUUCCCUUGGGCCCACGGAAACAUCCAUUGCUCCAAGACAGAGACCAAAGGCAUUUUCCAGUGCAGCCCAGUCUAAGGUGCUCAAUAUUCAGAAUGCUGCAACCCCUGUUAAGAUGGCAACACAGAAUGCUCCAAGUCAGCUGAUUCACAAUGCAGCUACAGAUAACCCAACUCUGCGACCUGGCAAUGGGUCCAGCACACUGUUGGGCCAGGAAAGUAGCCAGCAGUCCUCACAGCAGCACAGAGUUUUACAGCAACUUCAGCCAGGAGACUGGAGGUUACAGCAGCUACAUCAAUUGCAGCAACAGCAACUGCUCCAGGACACCUACAUGAAGCAGUACCAACAAGCAUUUCAGCAACAAUUUCUUCAGCAACAAUAUUUGAUGCACUCCAUAUACCAGCAACAACAUAUCACACCUCAGUAUCCAGCCAUGGUUCACCAGUAUCAACAGAUUCAGUUACAACAGCAGCAGCAGCAGCAGCAAGCCCUGCUUCAUCAUCAGUCUCAUCCUCCUCAGUAUCUGACCUCUCCUCAGGAGUUCACUCCAGCCUUAGUAUCAUAUGUCGCUCCCCACCAAGAGCAUGCAGGAGCAAUAAGAAACUUGUGUAAUACUAACAUAUCUGCCAAUAUACCAGGAAAGGAACCAACUUCUAGCUUAGCAAAACAGAACAGCAACAAUCCCCCGGACAUGUCUGGCUGGAAUCCAUUUGGUGAUGAUAACUUCUCAAAGUUAACAGAAGAAGAGGUGCUGGACAGAGAAUUUGACCUCCUGAGAUCAAAUAAACUUGAGGAGUGCAGGCCAUCCUCAGUCACAAUUCCUGCUUCACAAAGCAAACAUUCUGAAGAUGCAUUUGGUUCAGUUCCAUUUAUUUCUGCUUCAGGUUCUCUUGGAAAAAUAUCAGACACUCUAAUAGGUGUGAAGGAUGUUUCCAAAAUAUCCAAAAAUCAAAAUGCAUCUCUAAAAGAGCAAAAGCAGCAGCAAAAUGUCCAGUUAAAGUCUUCACAAAAGGCGUCAAAGGAGGGUGGAGACUCUGAAAGUGACUUUGAGUCAGACCCUCCUUCCCCUAAGAGCAGUGAAGACGAUGAUCCGGAGGAUGAAGAAACUUUACAUGUGGACCAAGGUAUCUUUCAUGAGGACAAUGACACAGAACAAGAAAUUAUUGGACAAAGGCCUUUGUUAAUGGAUUCAGAUGAAGAGGAGGAAGAAAAGCACAGUUCAGAUUCAGAUUAUGACCGCAAGAAAAUUAAGAAUUCCACUGUGAAGCCAAACAGAAUAGUAUGCGCCACUGACAGUAAACACAUGGAAAAUACCACUAAGGCACUUAAGAUAGACAGUGUGAAACAGUCAUCUAACCCACAGCUGGAUGCAUUUGGGGCUAUACCAUUUUAUUGUCUUAAUACACAAAAUGUCCCAGAAGAAGAAAGCAUGAAGGAAGCUCUGCCAAAUAUGAUAGAGGGAAAAGGGAGGGAUGAAUUUGAUGUUUUUUCUCAAGCACCAUUUAAUCCAAAAUUUGAGAUGGAAGAUUAUCAGAUCACAUUUUCAGUUUCUCCAGGUAAUGUGGAUGUCUUUGGCUGCUCACCCUUUGACCCUCUUAAAAGUCAAGAAGUAAAGAUGUCUAGUGAAGAGGACAUUUUUGGUCUGGUGCCAUUUGAAGAAAUAGCUGGAGAACAGAACCAGCAAAAAGUAAAGCUGCAACGCAAUCUACAGAAAAUAUCAUCCCGUCAGAGACGUACAAAACAGGAGCCAGCAAACAACAAUGGGAAGCGUCACCAUGGCACUCCAUCAAGCACAAAAAAGACGGCCAAGCCCAAUUACCGCACUCCAGAAAAAGUCCGUCGGCACAAAAAAGGAGGGAGACGUGACUCACAGAGUAGCAAUGAAUUUCUUACUAUCUCUGAUUCAAAGGAAAACAUUAGCAUUUCUCUUAAUGAUGUUAAAGAUCGCAACAACAUUUUACAAACAGAUGAAAGCAUGGUGGACCCUUUUGGUGCCAAGCCCUUCCAUCCUCCAGAUCUGAGGCAACCUCAGCAUCAUGGGCUUGUCGAUAACCGUGUAGAUCAUCAUGCAGCAGCAGUUAAUAGGCCAAGGCAGAGUUCAUUGCAUGGAGCUUAUCUCAGCAGUGAUAAUGCCAAAAUUGAUGACUUUGGUGCCGUGCCUUUCACUGAACUAGUGUUACAAAGUGUAACACAACAACAAAGCCAGCAGCCUCCAUCACAACCAUUAGAUUUAGAUCCAUUUGGUGCUGCUCCUUUCCCUUCAAAGCAGUAGAUACUUUUUUUUAGACUGUUACAUGCUACUUCUUUUUAAAUAUAAACCUUACAGUCUUAGAUAACACAAAGCAUUAAUCUUUAGCACAUUUUUAACACCUAGACAAUGUCUGGAAACAUAUUUAUAUUUUUAUUAUUUUAUUUUAAAUACUAUGGGAAAAAUAUGAUAGCUUUAAUAUAUGUCUCACAAGAGAACACAUUCCUCCUUCUUACUUGUACUUUUGAAGUGGUGUUAUUGUCCUUAUUAGGUUGUAUAGCAUAUGGAUCUGCAGAGUAUAGAACCACAGGCAGAGGUUUUACACUAUUAUUUCAAUCAAAGGCGUUUUCCACAAUUAGAAAAAGAAUAAAUGGGAAUGAGCUGUAACACCAGACAAGUGCAUAAAAAAUAAUGGUGUUGCUUCCAGUAUCCCAGACACACUGUUUACAAGAUUACGGUUAGAAUGUGUUAUUUAGAGGGCAAUACCCUAUAUAGGGUAUAUAGAAAUAUAAAGUAAAUUUCACUAAAACCUUCCACACUGAAUUCCUGGAUUGUAGAACUAAAAAAGAAAAUUUCAUGGAGAAUCAUUGUGUGCCACACUCCAGGAACUUACUUUAUGUUAUAAAUGUACUGUUAUCACAUGGAGGCUUUAAAACAUUAACAUUGCCAAAUUGGAAUGGUUUUAUGUUAGUGUUCUGCUACAUUUGUAUAAUUUUUCACUAAAGAAUAGGAAACAUGUAUAGUUUCCUGAAACCACUAUGAAUUGUGAUAUUAUAGCCACUAAGGAGGGUUUCUGCUUAUAUAUUAGUUUGCCUCAUUGUAAUUGAGAUAUGAGAAAACCAUAAUGUGUUAUAGUCAGUAUCCAGGGUACCAUGAAAGCAGUGUUUACUUGUGAAACCUGAUAAAUGUGACAUACUUCUGAAUGUAAUGCGAACAAAGCAGUAUACUUUAAGUGGAAUUAGGUAAAGAUCUGUCAUCAUUUACAUGCUUACACAGAUUCCUACAAGACUGCAUGAUAUAUAAUAAUAUUUAACUGGGAUUUCUGUAAUAAGAGAUGCAAAGACAUUGUACAGUAGACUCUUUGCCUAUCUUGACCUGCCAUUUUUUAAAUAGUUCAUUAGCAAAAACAUGCAUAAAAACAUGGAUUGUGCCAAAAUAAAGUACCAUUAUCAAUAUAAUGAAAAAGCUCAUCCAAAGCAACUAUGAACAUUAUCACGAUGUGUUUAUCCACGUCCUGUGUAUGUCAAUUUUAGGACUUUUUCUUACACAAGAAAGCUUUGAGAAGUAAUUGUUUUUAUAUUCAGAUUUACAUAAAUGUAUUAGGCAGGUCCCAACGCAGAGUGAAUGUAAUCAAUGAUGUAGUGUCUAUAUGCAUCUACUUUUUUAAAUCUGCAAGACACGAUUUUCUUCCCAGAGGUCAAUGGGGCGUACAAAUUAUAUUCAGCACCAUCUGAUUUGUGGGAUAAAGAGAAUGAUUAUUGACAUAACAUCAACCCAAUGUUCGCCAAAUAUACAGAAAGUAAAUGCUGACAAUCUACUUAAAGGAGUAGUCCAGUGGUGAAAAACUUAUCCCCUAUCCUAAGGAUAGGGGAUAAGUUUCAGAUUGCGGGGUGGUCUGACCGCUGGGGCCCCCCGUGAUCUCCCUGACAGCCCGCAGGAAGGGGACGUGUUGACCAUCACACAAAGCAGCAGCUGACACGCCCCCUCAAUACAACUCUAUGGCAGAGCCGGAGCGGGGCCCAUACAGAAAGAUCGCAGGGGCCCCAGCGGUUGGACCCCCAACACCCGCCACCCCCCAACCCCCCCCCCCCGCGCGCGUAAACUUAUCCCCUAUCCUUAGGAUAGCGGAUACGUUUUUCACCACUGGACUACCCCUUUAAUAUGUCAGAUCCAAAUUAAAUUUGUAUUUUAAUAUAUUUGUGUGGAUAUGGCACUGGUCAUCUAGCAAUCCGAAUAGAAGACUAGACCCUUUAUCGAACUUUUUAUUUAAGUUGCACAAAACCAUGCUUUUUGUAUUUUAACAGACAUAGAAGGGAAAAAAGCUAUUUAUCUGUUUCACUCUGAGCUGCGCACAUUGAGAGAUACAAGUUGUACAUUCCAUUGGAGAUCAAGUUUUAACUAUGUUUUGCUAAGGGAAAUAGCAAUAAGGCACUCCGAUUUUUUUACAGUUUAGCAUUUAGUACAAUGUUGUUUAACUGGAUAAAACAAGCUAUAGGAUAUGCAGAAGAUUGUACAUUGUACCCUGCUAUUUUUCAAAUAAAAUAGUUCUAAAAGAUCCUGGAUGUUUGAAUUCCACACACUGUGUAUUAUCUGUAAACAAAACACUCUUAAAAUGUCAUUCAAUUUACCUCUAAAACACACACCAUGGCAGAUUUUAGAACAGUCUUGUGUACCCU